GAAGCCGCAGAAUGUGCUACCAAGUGCUCUCGUGAUCUCAUGGGUCAUCACGGAAUGUCCAACAUGAACACGCUCUGCACCGACAUCGCCACUCAGCGGGCCCUCUUUCUAUGCCUAACCAACUCUUGCAAGUCUCAGACUUAUGGCCCUGCUCUCGCGUACUCCAUUUCAGAGUGUUCUAGCCUCGGUGCUACCAUCUCCAAGCUUCAUCCUGUCGAACUUCAUCAUUUUGAACCUCAUCAACGACAACCCACAUCAAUCGCCCCUCGCUCUGAGGCAGGGAUGCUUAGCUUUGCAGACCAGUUUACACUCUCGGUAGACUGCACCGCCGGAUCUGAUGGUGUUCUUACCCUAUCCCUACCAUCCGCUGGUUCAUCCCCAACAAGCCAACCACUUCCCUAUGGUGCAUCUCCUGCCUCAAACUCUCCAGGUGCUGCUUCAGGUCCCAGCUCAGGACUUGGCACCUCUCCUGGUUCCCCUUACCCUCCCACAGGCCCUCAACCCGCUGCCACUGGUCCCCAAUCUCCUGCCACUGGUCCCCAAUCCCCUUUCACUGGUCCUCAACUUCCCACUGGCCCUCAAUAUCCUCCUCAAGAUCAGCCUGGUCUAGGUGUCAUGCCACCUGUCCUUCCAUCAGCCAGUUCUCCAAACCAAGGUUCUGGAAAAGGUGCUUUGCCUUUGAACACCGGUUCUAAUGGGUUUAAUCCUGCCGAAGAAGAUUGCGACGACGACGGUUCAUCCAAUCCAUCGUCUGGUGGACAACCUUGGCCGGUCCCUAUUCCAGCACCAGCCAAUCCGGCUGGAGGUGCCCAGUCUGUUGACCAGAGCUCACCAAAUACCCAGCCUCUUCCUGUGCCGGGAAGUCCAGGUCCUUCGAGCCCAUGGGGUGCGUCUGGAGUGAUCAACAAUGGCCCUAGUGGGGGUUUGCAAGGGCCCUUUAGUGAUGCUGGCAGCAACAACGGCGAGUACCCAUCGACUGGAACCAACCAAAGCCCGUCAACCGGAGUCAACCAAGGCGGUACCGGUGGCUCUCCCUCUUCUGGGUUAGGAGACGGCAAUGAACGUCCAACUUCUGGCCAAGGCAGUUCGGGACCAGCUCAGCCUGUGCCACAGCCUGCUUCGCAACCACCGGCUCAGGGCCCAGGCUCAUCUGGCCCAGCCGAUCAGAGUGGGACGUACCCAGCUGGACAGGGCCAAAGCCAGACAGAUGAGGAUUGCGACGAUGGUCCACCUGGCAGCCCAGACUCUGGUGCACCUGUCCCUCCUCCCCUGACACCACCACCGACACCAGCCGGCUCGCCAAAUUGUUCCGGCGAUAAUGGCAGCCCAGACUGCCCUAGCUCAAACCAAGGAGCUCCGCAGCCGUCAGUCUCUCCACGUCCUUCUGGUCCUUCUCCGGGAAAUGAAGACAACAGCGGGUGUGCCGGCGUUGGAGAUGGACCCCAAAACUGUCAACCACCAGCUCCCCCACCACCUCAGGGCCCAUUGCCUGCUCCUUUGCCCCCCAACCUUCCGGUUCCUUUGCCCGUCCCGAUGCCCGUCCCAGCAUCAGAUGACGCAAGAUGUUCAGGGAAUGUUGGAGAUCCUCCCUGCGUGGGUGCUGGCGCACCAGCUGCUGGACCAGCUCCCUCCAGCGGCAAUGGCAAUGGCAUUGAUCCUAACGCCGGCACGAUUAACGGAGGUCCAAGAGGCGGCACUGAAGCUUCUCCGAAUGCUCAGACACCUGGAUCAGGACCUGCCGGACACUGUGCCGAGUCUGAUUCUGGCCAAGGUUGCGAGACCAAAGCCGGUCCUCAGGCGCAGGCGCCCGCUUCCUUGCCUCCUGUUCCAUCCUCACCACUUCAACCUCCUUCACCACCUUCGCCUCCUUCGCCUCAGCCCGCUGGUGAUAGUACGGAUUGCCACGGAGCGACUGAAGGUCAAUCCUGUGGCUUCGGGUCUGUCUCCAAUUCUCCGCGCCCUCCCUCGCCUCCCGCAUCAGGCGUUCUAGGUUGCCCCGACGGCCUCAAUGACGGAACUUGCCCUUCGACCAACUCCCCCCAAUCCUCUCCUGCUCAACCCCAAAUCCCUCCCGUCAUUCCGCAAUUUUUGCCCCCAUCUUCUCCUCCAGCUCCAGCUCAGCUUCCUCCAGCUCCAGCUCAGCUUCCUCCAGCUCCGGCUCAGCUUCCUCCAGCUGCCCCCCAGUCUCCAUCAGCACCUCCAGCUCAGCUGCCUCCUCCAGCUCAGCUUCCUCCCACAGCCCCGCAGUCCCCAUCACCACCUCCAGCCCCUGUUCAGCUUCCUCCUGCAGUUACCCAGUCUCCAUCUUCUCCUCCAGCUCAGCUUCCCCCCACGGGUCCCCAGUCCCAAUCACCACCUCCAUCUCCUGCUUCUGGGGAUUGCUCCGCGGAAGGAAAUGGAAAUGGUCAACCUUGCCCAGCCUCGCAUCCAGGUGGUACCGCCCCGGGAGCCGACCCGGUUACAAUUCUACCAGCUCCGCCAAAUUCGCCUCCACGCAACACAGAUCUUUCUUCACCCGCGCAAGGGAACCCUCCGCCUUCGCCUAAUGAUGGUCCUGUCAACCCAUGCGACAGUGAUCCAUCGAACUGUCACAACCUUGAUACAGGUGCAGGUCCCAAUGUGGUACCUUCAUCGCCUCAAGCACUUCCUUCCACAUACGGCGGACCUGUUCUGGGAGAAGACCAGGCUCCUCCAAGUCCUAACAACCCCGGAUCCGCACCUUUACCACCACCAGACAAUCAGGCCCCAGGCCCGGGUGAGCAGACAUGUAACGGCGAGUGUCCUGUGAACAACGAUGGGCCGAAUUCUUCACCUCCAGUCAUCUCAAGCCCAAUCGACGGGCUUCCCCAGGGUCAAGGGCCGGUCUCUCCUCCCUCUGGACCACCAAAUUCCGGUGCCCCUGACUCUCCCUCGAGGGCCGCAGAAGAAGAUUGCGACGAAGGCGAAGUCAAGCGGGAUGUCCUUGGAUCAUCUCCCGCCGCUGUGCUCGCCCCCGGCAAAAUUGGGUUCAAUGAAGGCACACUCAUGACACUCUAG